GCUGAAAUCUGAUCCAAAAAUGGCUUCCUUUGCUUCUCAAACUUUCCUCAUCAUCUUCACCCUCUUCUCACCUUUCUUCAUUACAAUCAAUGGAGAAUUCUCGAUUCAAUCCAUUGUAACAUCCACAAAACGCAUGGAGAAAAUGACCCAUCUCCAUUUCUAUUUCCAUGACACUAUAAGUGGCAAACACCCAACAGCCAUGCAAAUCAUCAAGCCACAUAACAGGUCAGCAGGUGGUUUAUUUGGUAUCACUUUCAUGGCAGAUGAUCCAUUGACUGAAAAACCCAAGUCGAGUUCGAAACUCGUUGGGAGAGCUCAAGGGAUUUACGCUUUGGCUUCUCAACAUGAUGUCGGAUUGCUUAUGGUCAUGAAUUUCGCUUUCUUUGAAGGAACUUACAAUGGGAGUGCACUUAGCAUCCUUGGAAGGAAUGAAAUUUUUCAUGAUGUUAGGGAAAUGCCGGUUGUCGGAGGUACCGGAAUUUUCCGGUUUGCUCGAGGCUAUGCAUUGGCUAAAACAGUUUGGUCUAACCAGAAAGGAGACGCUAUAGUUGAAUAUAAUGUUUCUGUUGUACACUAUUGAAUAAUUUAUGCUAUAGGUGCUUGUGAAAUAGAUGUCUACUUGUUUCACGGACCGAGACUUUAAUGUUACAACUUUAUCUGUCAAGGAAAUGAGACUUAUAUAUGCUUGAACUUCA